CACUACCGUCUCCAUUUGGACCUCUGCUUCACCGUGCUGUCAUGUCGGUGUCCCUGUCCAGCGUCCCUGUAGUGCUGAAGGACAAGAGCUGCUACCAAGCCGGCAUGCUGAAGGCCAGUCCCGCUCGUGGCUUCUACCCUGCCCCUCUCCCCGGCCCCCACCACUACAUGGACUUCUUCCCGCGGACUCACAGCCUCCUCCACCCACUCAAGUCCCUCGGUCGCCUGGUGUCGGACACCCAGGCAUCCCUGCCGCUCAACCUGCACGGCGGAGCCCCUCCGUUCCACCACCACGCCUCAGUCCUGCACGAACACAUGUUGAGCGCCUCUGGCAUCCCCUACCUGAGCCAGAUGUUGGCCGGACACCCGCUGUACUCCAAACCAGAGGAGCUGGCUGCUGUGGUGACCGAGCACGCCGCUGGUCCGCUGUCCUCUGGCUUCAACAGCCCGGCCAGUGAAAGGUCCUCAUGUGCCUCUUCUUCUGCCAGCUCACCGCCUAAAGAGAGUCUGUUUCGCCUCCGGAGCGCGGACCUGUCGCAAGAAAAAACGCGCACGUCUUAUAAUUUUAGCGAGGAUGACUUGUUCAUGGUGCUCUACGGUUACUCCGGCAGCCAGGAGCGCAGCGUGGGUCACGCUAUAUCAGGGCUGGCCCUGCCCGAAAAGUCAGUAUCGGACUCUCGCGUUCUCCCACUGGACAAAGAAACACUUGAACUUCCAGAGGGGUUGACCAUCGUCCAGGCAGUUUGGGGAAACGUCUCACACUGUGGAGUUUUCACAGACAAAAGCAGCAUCCCCAAAGGGACGCGCUUCGGACCUUUCCAAGGAAAAAUGGUCAAUACCAGCGAGAUUAAGACAUACGACGACAACACUCUGAUGUGGGAGGUGUUUGAAAACGGCCGGUUGAGUCAUUUUGUUGACGGCAGGGGAGGCUCAGGGAACUGGAUGUCGUUAGUGAAGUGCGCUCGUUUCCCAGAGGAGCAGAACCUAAUUGCUGUACAGGUCCAGGAUCAGAUCUUCUAUGAGGCCUGCAAAGAGAUCCGGCCAGGACAGGAGCUGCUGGUGUGGUAUGGAGACUGCUACAUGCAGUUCCUCGGCAUCCCUCUCACCCUGAAAGACCACAGAGAGGACAGCACCGUGGUUCCUCUCACAGAAGAUACUGCUGAUGGUUUCAAGUGUGAUAGGUGCGGGAAGGUGUUUGCAUACAAGUACUACAGAGACAAGCAUCUGAAGUACACGCGCUGCGUGGACCAGGGCGACAGAAAGUUCCCCUGUCACCUCUGCAACCGAUCUUUCGAGAAGAGAGACAGAUUAAGGAUCCACAUUUUACACGUUCACGAAAAACACAGGCCUCACAAGUGCUCAGUGUGCGGAAAGAGUUUCUCCCAGUCGUCCAGUCUCAACAAACACAUGCGGGUGCAUUCUGGAGAACGGCCAUACAAGUGCGUCUACUGCAAUAAGGCCUUCACUGCCUCCAGUAUUCUGCGAACACACAUCCGCCAGCACUCCGGAGAGCGGCCCUUCAAGUGCAAGCACUGCGGGAAGGCCUUCGCCUCCCACGCCGCCCACGACAGCCACGUCAGGCGGACCCACGCAAAGGACAAGCCACUUCCCUGCGACCUGUGCGGAGCGUCUUUUCAGGAGGAACGGGAAUUUAAAUAUCACAUGGAAAGUCACAAAAACAGGCAAAUCUUGGACAGCACAGUUCUUCCGUCUACUCCAGGGAGUGGAUUACAGGAGGACACCGUGUUGAAGGACAAUCCAAAAAUACAGAAGAACGCUGCCGGACAAAACUUUCCUUACACCGGGUUAACAGUUUUAAAUCCAGAAUAUCGGCCCUGGAACUAGUCUCUCUGAGCUGAACUAGCCUACUCAGUAAAUCCUGACAAAGAAAACUAUGCUAAUUGUGUGGAGGAUUUUAGACGAUAGGCUA